UAGGCCUCAGGCAGUUUGAACAGUUUAAGUCCAAACAUGGAUAUCAGAACAAAUCAUACAAUUUACAUCAACAAUAUGAAUGACAAAAUUAAAAAAGAAGAGUUGAAGAGAUCCCUGUAUGCCCUGUUUUCUCAGUUUGGCCACGUUGUAGAUAUUGUAGCUUUAAAGACCAUGAAGAUGAGGGGGCAAGCCUUUGUUAUUUUUAAGGAACUGGGCUCAUCCACAAAUGCCUUGAGACAGUUACAAGGAUUUCCAUUUUAUGGUAAACCAAUGCGAAUCCAGUAUGCAAAAACAGAUUCUGAUAUAAUAUCUAAAAUGCGCGGCACUUCUGCUGACAAAGAAAAGAAGAAGGAAAAGAAAAAAGCAAAAACUGUGGAACAGACUGCGACCACUGCAAACAAAAAGCCUGGUCAGGGAACACCAAAUGCAGCAAAUACCCAAGGAAAUUCAACACCAAAUUCUCAGGUCCCUGAUUACCCUCCAAACUAUAUUUUAUUCCUCAAUAAUUUACCAGAAGAGACUAAUGAGAUGAUGCUGUCCAUGCUGUUUAAUCAGUUUCCUGGCUUCCAGGAAGUAUGUUUGGUACCUGGGAGGCAUGACAUUGCUUUUGUUGAAUUUGAAAAUGAUGGACAGGCUGGAGCUGCCAGGGAUGCUUUACAGGGAUUUAAAAUCACACCGUCCCAUGCCAUGAAGAUCACCUACGCCAAGAAAUAA